GCCGACCGCGACAAGCCCGGCGCGCUGGAGAAGGUGCUGGAGGGCGGCGAGAUCGAGCUCAUUGUCGAUUGUGUGGCGUUUGAAAGGGGCCAUGUCUCCCGCGUGGUCGCCGCCUACGCCGCCUCGCCAGCGCUGCAGGCCUCGCUCAAGGCUUACAUCAUCAUCUCGACAGACUCGGUCUACCAGGUCACCCUUCCGUGGACGAACAAGCAGAGUGCAGACAAGGCAUGGGCCAAGGCGACGCGAGCAACGCGCUGGGUGCCGGGCCCGCCAGAGCCGGCACGCUGCGAGCCGGAGGCGGGAUGGAGGCUCGGAGAGCGCUCGCUCCACCGCAUCGUCUGGUCGAGGAGGAUCAGGACGUCCGCCACUCGUCAGCGUCAAAGUCGGCCCGUCGUCGGCUCGAUUCGUAUGGCGACAAGAAGCUUGAUGCCGAGCGCGAGCUCCGCCAAGCUGCUGCCAACCAUGGGUUUCCCUUCAUUGCCCUCCGCCUGCCGGACGUCGUCGGCGAGGCCGAGGUCCCCUCGUCGCGCCACUUUUCGAUGCAGCGCGCUGUCGCAGACGGCGAGACUAUCGGCCUCGGUAUGGACACCCACCUCCCACUUUCGUUUGUGUAUGCGCCUGAUGUGGCGCGAGUGUGCGUCGCGCUUGCCGGGGCGCUCGCAAGUCGUGGUAAGGCCAAGGCCAAGGCCAAGGCCAAACGAAAGUCCAAGAGUCGCGACGGCGACCGGCUUCCGCUCAUCGGCGAGUCGUUCAACGUCGGCUCGUACGAGCGGCCAACUCUCCGCGAGUACGUCGAGACCAUCGCGGGGGAGCUCGGGCUGAGCAAGUCGCUCAAGUUCAAGCAUGGUGGCCCCGGCACCCAUCUUGUCUUUCCGUCGGUCGACAUCGGGCCAAUUUCCAUGACCAAGCUCGUCGCCACGCUUGCCAGCUACGGCGUCGACUACGAGCCGACGCCGUUUCCACAGUGGAUGGCGUCGACGGUGGCGUGGUACGAGGCGCACCGCGAUGAGAUGGACUCGUCCAGCUCGAGCUCGAGCUCUGGUUCAGAGUCUAGCUCCAGCGCGUCCGGCUCGGCGUCAAGCUCCAGCUCGGCAUCCGACUCGCUGUCGUCGGCAUCGUCGAGCACGUGAUGAUGAGCUUGUCACCGUGCCCGGACCUGUGCCACGACCCGCGCCGCGUCGAGCUCGCCGCGAACUGAGGUGACCAGGUUGUCAAGCACCAAGUAGGUGACGUCGGUGGCAAGCCAG